CUUGUUCCUGUUUAAGUUUAUGUUUACCGGUGAUGAGUGGCGUUUGUCUGCAGACGAGAGAGUCAGAAGUAGCGUCCCGGGUGACAAAAAUCGGAGUCCGGGCAGGAACAAAAAAUGUGAUCUCUGCGCUGUCCAGAAUCUCCCACAACAGCAUUGCACAGAUCAAAGGCAUCAGGCCCUUUCCAUCAGAGGACACAGCGCUGAAUGAAGAUGAUGUGUACCGGAGCUUGGAGGAGUUGGCAGAUGAGCAUGAUGUGGGAGAGGAUGACAUAUACGACUGUGUCCCUUGCGAGGACGAUGGGGACGACAUAUACGAGGACAUCAUCAAGGUGGAGGUUAGACAGCCCAUGAUCAGAUACAUGCAGAAAAUGGGCAUGACAGAAGAUGAUAAGAGGAACUGCUGCUUGGUGGAGAUUCAGGAGACAGAGGCAAAGUACUACAAGACACUGGAGGACAUUGAGAAGAAUUAUAUGAUCCCCCUGAAGCAAGUGUUAACACCACAGGACAUGGAAGCCAUAUUUGUAAAUUUAGAGGACAUCAUCAAGGUCCAUUUUGCUCUGCUGAGGGCCAUUGACCUGACCAUGGUGAGUGGCAAUGGCCUGGGAAAGAUCUUUUUGGACUUCAAGGAGAGACUGCUGAUCUACGGCCAGUACUGCAGCCAUAUGGAGAACGCUCAGAAGACACUGGAUGAGCUGAUUGCCACACGGGAAGAUGUCAAGUGUAAAGUGGAGGAGUGUACCAUGAAAGUCCAGGAGGGGAAGUUCAAACUGCAGGAUCUCCUGGUGGUCCCUAUGCAGAGGGUCCUCAAAUACCACCUUUUGCUUAAGGAGUUGGUAAGUCACUCUAUGGACCGCCCGGAGAGGCAGCAGCUUAAAGAGGCACUAGAAGCCAUGCAGGACUUGGCAAUGUACAUCAACGAGGUGAAAAGAGACAAUGAAACCCUGAAGAAAAUAAGUGAAUUUCAGAGCUCAAUAGAAAAUCUACAGGUGAAGUUAGAGGAAUAUGGUAGGCCAAAGAUAGAUGGAGAGCUUAAAGUGUGCUCUAUAGUUAACCGGACCAAACAAGACAGAUACAUCUUCCUAUUUGAUAAAGUUGUGAUUGUUUGCAAGAGGAAAGGUUAUAACUAUGAGUUAAAAGAGAUCAUCGAACUUCACUUCUACAAGAUGUCUGAUGACCCUAUGAAUAACCGUGACAUGAAAAAGUCGAGUGGAAAAAUGUGGUCCUAUGGCUUCUACCUGAUCCAUCUGCAGGGGAAACAGGGCUUCCAGUUUUUCUGCAAGACAGAGGACACCAAGCGCAAGUGGAUGGAGCAGUUUGACAUGGCCAUGUCAAACAUCAAACCCGAAAGAGCCACUGCCAACCAGCACAACUUCCAAAUGCACACUUUUGAAAAAAACACCAACUGCAGAGCCUGUAAAAUGCUGCUGAGGGGUAUUUUCUACCAGGGAUACUACUGUCCACUCUGUGGGACUGGUGCCCAUAAGGAGUGUCUAGAGGUCAUUACCAUCUGCAAAAUAAGUCCUCAUGAUUCGGAGCUGGGGCUUCCACAAUCAGGUCCAAAGAUGGUGGCCAUCAGAAAUUACCAUGGUAACCCUGCCCCGCAAGGCAAAAUGCCUCUCUGCUUUCAGACAGGAGAUAUCAUUGAGCUCCUGAAGGGAGAUCCAGAUACAUCAUGGUGGGAGGGCAAACUCAUCCAAACCCAAAAGACUGGCUUCUUCCCCAGUUCCAGUGUGAAACCAUGUCUAGACCCUAAGCCCUUCCAGUCAUUCUCCAGCCGUCAGUCCUCCAGAGAGACAGAUUACUAUGUUUAUCCCUGGUUUGCAGGAAACAUGGAAAGACAGCAGGCCGACAACCUGCUUAAGUCUCACAGCAGCGGCACCUAUCUGAUCCGAGAGAGGACGGCAGAGGCAGAGAGAUUCGCAAUCAGCAUCAAGUUUAAUGAUGAAGUGAAGCAUAUUAAAGUUAUUGAGAAAGACAACUGGAUUCACGUCACAGAAGCAAAGAAGUUUGAAAGCCUCCUGGAGCUUGUGGAGUAUUAUCAGAGUCAUUCACUGAAAGAGAGCUUUAAGCUGUUGGACACAACAUUACGAUACCCUUACAAAUCCAGGGAACGCUCGAGUUCUCGCACCAAUACCCGCUCACCAGCAGCCACCUGUGCUUCCUACAACUUCUCCUUCCUCAGUCCUCAGGGCCUCAACUUCUCCUCUCAAAGCUCUGCUCCCUUCUGGUCAGUAUUCACACCCAGGGUAGUCAGCACAGCUGUGGCGCGAUACAACUUUGCUGCUCGAGACAUGAGAGAGCUGUCCCUGCGAGAAGGGGAUAUCGUCAAGAUCUACAGCAAGAUUGGUGGAGACCAAGGCUGGUGGAAAGGAGAGGCCAACGGCAGGAUUGGAUGGUUUCCCUCGACGUACGUCGAUGAGGAGGGGGUGCAGUGAUACUCUGGGGUCACAGGUCAUCCAAUAAAAUCCACAGCCCUCUGAGAGGACUCUUUGGUUUCCAUGGCAACAUCUCAUGGAAGACUUUUCGCUGGAAACAUAUUUUACAAUGAAUAUUUGUACUUCUGUCUCCUUUC